AUGGCUGCGGACCGUGACACGCCUGGUCACGUGGGACGCGCGCGCGCCGCCGCCCCCCCCUCCCCCCGGUGCCCCCGGCCGCCCCCCUCCGCCCCCCCGCGCCAGCCGCGCGCGCCCCCGGUGCCCCCGAGCGCCGUGACUCUGUCCGGUGCCUCCCGCCGCUUCUUAAAGGGACAGGCGCCCCCCGCGCACCCGGCCCGCCGCGGCCGCCCCGCGCCGCGGAAAACAAAGAGGCACCGGAAACAGCGGCGGCGGGGAGGGGGCCGGCCCGGCGGGAGGCGGGCGGGAGGGAGGGAGGGGAGGGCCGGCGGCGGGCCGGCGGGGGGGCAGGCCCGGGCCCGGCGUCGGCGAACAAAGAGCGGCGGGAGGGAGGGGCGGGGGCGCCGCAGCGGCACCGGAGCGGCGGCCCAGGCCAUCGGUGCAGAGUCCAAGGUGCUGGUGCGUUGCCCUGCCUGGAGCCCGAGGUCCCGCGUGCCCACCCGCCUCCCGACGUCACCAAUGCGACCAUGGGAACUGGCAGUGAAUAGGCGGCCGCCCUCUGCCCCUUUUGCCCAGCGCCGUUUCUCGGGGGGACCCUGCAGCAGCCCCGACCACCUCCGGCGCAGCCCCUCUGCCAGGCGUCAGUGGGGACGACGCGAUCGACCUCUGGCAACCCUGCUGGGCCAGGAUGAGCCCCAGGUGCACCCUGCCUUCCCCCAGCAGCCGCACGUCCCUGUAGAUGAGCCCCGCGCCUACGCUCUUGCCAGCACGCCGCCACGAAUGCUUCACCCAGCCGCUCACCCACCCCACCAGAACCCAUUCAUGGUGGAUCUGCAUGACCAGGUGCACCAGGGGCCCGUCCCUCUCUCCUACACGGUUACCACCGUAACGACGCAAGGCUUCCCCAUCCACGCUGGCCAGCACAUCCCUGGGUGCAGCACCCAGCAGCUCCCAGCAUGCUCAGUGAUGUUCAGCGGACAGCACUACCCGCUCUGCUGCCUCCCACCCCCGCUGAUUCAGGCAUGUGCCAUGCAACAACUUCCCGUCUCCUACCAGACAUUCCCCCCCAUCAUCUCCAGCGACCAUUACAUCCUGCACCCACCCCCACCGCCAGUGCCCCCCCACCAGCCGCCCCACAUGGCCCCCCUGGGGCAGUUCGUACCUCUCCAAGCCCAGCAUCCACGUAUGCCUCUGCAGAGGAUAGACAAUGACGUGGACCUGCGAGGGGAGCAGCACCCCAUCGCAGGUUUCACAUACCCUCCGUCUCACCACGCUCCCACGCUGUCGCCCUCCAUGCCGCUGCAUUACCUCCCCCACGACCCGCUGCACCAAGAACUGCCAUUUGGCGUGCCAUACCCCCACAUGAUGCCCCGGCGGCUGAACACCCAGCGGUACCGGCUGCAGCAGGCGCUGCCCCCGCCGCCACCCCCUCCGCCGCCUCCUCCGUACUAUCCGAGCUUCCUGCCCUAUUUCCUUUCUAUGCUUCCUGUGUCGCCAACGGCCGUGGGCCCCACGAUCAGCUUAGACCUGGACGUGGAUGAUGUGGAGAUGGAGAAUUAUGAGGCACUGCUGAACUUGGCCGAGCGGCUGGGGGAGGCCAAGCCACGGGGACUCACCAAAGCAGACAUCGAGCACCUCCCGUCCUACCGCUUCAACCCCGAGAGCCACCAGUCUGAGCAGACCCUGUGCGUCGUGUGCUUCAGCGACUUCGAGGCCCGGCAGCUUCUCCGCGUCCUGCCCUGCAACCACGAGUUCCACGCCAAGUGUGUCGACAAAUGGUUAAAGGCGAACCGCACGUGCCCGAUCUGCCGGGCGGACGCGUCGGAGGUGCAGCGGGAGGCGGACUGAGGCUGGCGGGCGCUGUGCCGCACAAUUCGCUAGAGGACAAGGACGCCGGGCUGGGGCGGGGGCUGCUGCCCGCUGCUGGGGCCUGACCCUGCGCUUACCCCCCCUCCCCAAAGCCUCUCCUCGGAUGUGGUGAGCAUUGAGCAGUCUGGGCUCCCGGCCAGCCCUCCUCCUCCCCGCCGGGGCACGGACUCAGCCGGACGCCUGCCCGCUGCGCUCCCAGGGCCCCGAAUCGUGUUGUGCUGGAGGCGGGAGGUGCGUGGCCGUGCCCUCUGCGCUCCAAAGACGCUGUUGUUGCUCCAUCACUUUCCAGGUCUUUGUACUCUCCUAGGGAAUUAGUGGUUUUUCCCUUUGUCACUAUUUUUUUUUUACGAUAGUUUUUUCCCCCCUUGUUUCCUUUUCAUUUCCGUCAUGUUUUUGGUUCCUUGGCCGUUUGCCCUAGGGGCACGCAGGCGGCUCCUCCCCUCAGCGUUGCUCUCGGAGGACGCGGGGAGGAGAGAGGAGGGAGCGCUGCGGGUUUGAUGCCGGCAGCACCCCGGCCCCGGGGACAGCCGGAGAAGGAGGCUGGCGGAGUGUGGCCAAGGUGGGACACCAGCAACCCCGCGGCGUGGCUGGGGCAGAAAGGCAGGAACACAGGAAUGCCUCUGUCCCCGCUCCUGUGCGCAGCCUGGCACGGCUCCCUCCUGCCUCGGCUGCCCCGGGGAGCCCCAGAGGGCUGUGGCUGCUGGGGUGUUUCGCCAGUGGGAGGAUGGUGCUGGCGCAGCCCUGGCCCCUCUCCCUGUUCAUUCCCCUGUCAGCCGGGAGACACAGCUCCCCGGGCCAGGCCGUGUGGCAUCCCGCAAGGCAGCCAAGCUUGAGGAGGGGACGCCAACCCCGUCCCUAGGGCUUUGGGCAUGUGGUGUCCCCAGUGUGCUGCCCGGCCCCCGGCUCCUGCUCGUAUCUCUGUCCCGACGACGUAAAUCAAGGUAGCCCCGUGCCCCGUCCUGCUGGCUGGACGGCGCGGUUUCCCCGGCCGUGGGCAGCGAGGGGCCGGCUGGGCUGCGGCCCCCGGAGCGGGGGGGUUUUAUUCAUAACUUCGUGGAGUAUUUUCAGUGCUACCCUGGCCUUGGCCCGGCUGGUGCAGGGGAAGCUGUGAGCGGUCCCCUUGCCACCGUAUCCCCCCUGCCCUCGCAGGCGCUGGGGGAGAAGCCGCCACGCCGCCGCCCGGCUCCAUCAAUCCCGCGUGGCCGUUGUUUUGCAUGAUUAAUUAGCGAGGAGGGUGACGGGAGGCGGUGGCAGGGGUGGUGGUGAGAGCACCGCCCUCCCCUCCCGGCGCGUCGCUGACGCCUGGGAGCUUCCGAGCGGACGCCAGCCCUAUGUAAAUGUUCACAAAUAUGCAUGCAUGUCUGACCAGCUUGGAACGUGGUCUUGGCUACGUCUAGCCGGCUGUGGGGUGAGGGGGGUGGGGAGAGGGGUUUUUGUGCUCAGCUGAUACUGCCAUGCACUGUACUGCACAUGUCCGCAACGCCACAGCAGGACCGUGAGACUUUCAGGGCCGUCCCCGCGGGGUCCGCGCCCGCGGCGGCGGCGUGUGCAAGG